UAAGUCGCUCAUCCACGAAGAAGCUAAGUAAUUUCUUUAACUACAGAGUCUUUAAAAUGGUGGUUACACAGGACAAAGAAAAGCCAGUCUCGGUCCCCAGUGAGUGUGCAGUAUUAUGUACACAGCAUAGACAGUUUUUGGCAAAUCCUCGGAGCUUGUCAGGCACCUUUCUACGCACGCCUAGUGAUGUGUUUGUCCCGUGUGGCAUAGUGGAAGACUAGCUGAACUCCCUCCCUAUCCUCAAAGACCUUCAACCAACACCACCUUCCUUCUCCUGUUCCUUGCUUCGGGCCGCCCCUGUGAUGCCUCCCUCAUGCUGUGCCUCUCUGUCACAGUACACCCAUCAUCAUGCGGCUGUCUUCCUCCUCACCUUCUUUAGCUAUGUGUUGUUGCAUGCAUCCAGGAAGACAUUCAGCAAUGUGAAAGUGAGCAUCUCAGCUCAGUGGACUCCUUCCAUCAUUAAUGACAGUUCACCUUCGUUCUCACCUGGCGAGACAUGGCAAGACAAUCGUCUGUUUGAGGAUGAAAAGCAGGCCACUCUGUUUCUGGGGGUUCUGGACUCCAUCUUCCUCUUCUCAUAUGCAGUGGGUCUGUAUCUGAGUGGUGUGAUUGGGGACAGAGUGAACCUCCGCUACGUGCUCUGCUUUGGUCUGUGUGGCUCUGCUGCAGUGGAGUUUGUGUUUGGCACUGUGACCGAAUGGCUCCACAUCUACAACAUCUACCUGUACGUUGGCCUGUGGGUGCUGAACGGCCUGCUGCAGUCGGCUGUGUGGCCCUGCGUGGUGGCCGUCAUGGGUAACUGGUUCGGCAAGGCAGGCCGUGGUUUUGUGUUUGGCCUGUGGAGUGCGUGCGCCUCUGUAGGCAACAUCCUGGGUGCCUUCCUGGCUUCUAGUGUUCUCAAGUAUGGAUAUGAGUACGCCUUCCUGGUGACCUCUGUUGUGCAGUUUGCUGGAGGGGUGGUGGUGUUCUUUGGCCUACUUACCUCUCCAAAGGAAGUUGGACUGAGCUUGGAGGCAGAGACUGGACUCAGCCCGGUUGAGACAGACACAGACAGCCACAAGCCUCUAAUGAGCGACGAGGAAGACGAGGUGGUGGUGGAGACGUAUACCAGAAGAGGCCAAUCAGUUGAGCAGCCUGUCGAACCUCCAGCCGCGUCUCCACGAGCCAUUGGCUUCUUCCAGGCUUUCUGUCUUCCUGGGGUGCUGCCUUAUUCCCUGGCUUAUGCAUGCCUGAAGCUGGUCAACUACUCCUUCUUCUUCUGGCUUCCUUUCUACUUGAGCAACAACUACAAGUGGAAGGAAGCCCAGGCUGACCGCCUGUCUGUGUGGUAUGAUGUCGGAGGAAUCAUUGGAGGAACAGUUCAGGGUCUGAUCUCUGACUUUAUGGGGAAGAGAGCCCCAGUGUUGGUCGUCAGUCUGAUGCUGGCAAUCGGAGCCCUGGUGGGAUACAGCCGAUCACCUGAUGACCAGGUGAUAAACGGUGUGCUGCUAGCUACCACUGGCUUUUUCAUCGGUGGUCCGUCCAACAUGAUCAGCUCGGCCAUAUCUGCUGACCUGGGCAGGCAGGAGGCUCUGAGGGGCUCUAAGGAGGCCCUGGCUACUGUCACUGGUAUAGUGGAUGGAACUGGAAGUAUAGGAGCUGCUGCAGGACAGUACUUGGUGUCUCUGAUAGAGAGCAAGCUGGGCUGGAUGAGCGUGUUCUACUUCUUCAUUGUCAUGACUGCAGGCAGCAUUGUGUUCAUCACUCCCUUGCUUGUCAGAGAGCUGCGGGCCAUGUGGACAGACAGACGAGCGCGGCAACGCCAGCUGUGAAAAACCUCCAUCGGUUGUAAUAUUUUUACUCUAAUCAGUGACAGCAGGUCUGGUCAGAUUCAGCUCCUUAGGUGAGUCUCGGGUUGUUGAACAAUGAUGUUUCUCACAGUACAUCUAAGACUUCUUUUAGUGUAAAUAAAGGAUUUGGAGGUUGAGCUGAAGCACCUGCCUUAAAAAAAAAAGUCACACUGGCCUCUCUAGGGCAUCCCAGAAUGUACUAGUGUAUAUAUUUUAAAGUUUUAAAUGGAUGUAAAUGUCGAUGUACUUAAAUCGAUAUUGCCAAAUUGAAACUAGAAGUUCCUAACUUGAAGAUCAGCAGCUUGGAGGACACUUAAUGUCUGAGGAAUGUGAGUAGUGACUGUAAUGUAGAACUCUAUAAUGAGUUUUUGUAUAUAUGUAUCAUAUUUUAAUCAUUUUAAGUAUUGCACUAUGUUUUUUUUCCACAAUAUUCAGGCAAAAGCCUUAAACCAUUUUAUCGAACCACUUAGGUCUUAGAGGUAUGGGAAACUUCCAGGUCACUGCCACUUGAUCUCACCUGCCUACAGUUUUUUGUAAUCCUGUUUUGAUGUUGGACUGUAAAGCCUUAUGAUGAUGGGUCUGGUUCUUUUGGUUCUGUGUAUUGUAUGUGUCAGGCUCCCACGUGAUUCUUUUAUCAUUCCCUUUCCCACUUCCUGUUCGCUGGAAUGUUUACACCUUACAUUUUAGUGUCUUAACUCACAUGCGUUGCUAGAAAUAUUUCCACAGCAUGCCUAAUUAGUGUAAAAAACACACUAGCAUAGUGGAAAAGGUUUGCCAGUGUGAAGCAGGAGCUCUGUAUUUGUUUUAACUUUAAAUCUGUGUGGAUUGUGUCCAUAUUAAGGUUUUAGUAGCCGAUGUGGUUAAAUAUUUGUUUUAAUUCAAAUGCAGUGGUAGCUACAUUUGUUCUGGUUAAGAUUGCUAAUUUAGUUUGAGCCCUGGGAUAUAGAUACGUGUACAAUUGUGUCAAGUAUAUUUAGGAAUAGUUAUUAGAAUUUUUUUUUAUUCUUUGUCUCUUGACUGGCCAAGCUAAUAUACAGUAAUGGAAUGUAAAUUAAAAUAUGGAGUAUCCAUAUAAUUUUUAACUAAUGCAAAUAAAUAAAUUCACAUUUUCAGGUCAUAAGCAUAAGUAAAUGGAAUACUUCAGAUUAUUAUGAUACAGUAUGUGUGGCGUCUCGACUUUGGUUAUAUGUGCAGUGCUGCAUGAAGACCACCAGGGGGUGCUCUGAAUGCAAAAUUAAACCCAUCACGUCCUUUCUUUCCUCUGUUUAAGCACAAACAUGUUCUUUUUGAGGUUUACAUCCACAUAAUUCAUGGAUAUUUUAUUAAC